AUGGCUAUAGUGCCUCUCGUGUUUGUGCUGAUGCGAUUGUAUGUCCGGGUUUACAUGAAACGGAUCUUUGGAUGGGAUGAUUUGAUUAUCAUUGUUGCGACAGCCUGCUUGGUUGCUUAUGCUGCCGUGUGUCAUGUUGCCUCUACGAUAGGUCUUGGGAGGCAUGUUACCGUCGUCGCGGAGAACCCGAAUAAUCUCAUCGAUGUAGCGAUGCUAUGUGACAUUGGUGAAGCCUUGGCCAUCAUGGCCUGUACCUUGGGCAAAACUUCGUUUGCCGUGACUCUUCUUCGCAUUGUGGUUCGUAGGUGGAUGAUCAUCGUGCUCUGGUUUGUGAUUGUGACCAUGAACUUGGUCAACGUUCUGGCAGCCUUGUUCAUUUUUGUUCAAUGCAAGGAUCCAAGACACCUUUGGAACAGUGCUAUUCCGUCAAAAUGCUGGCCCCCGGAUGUCUUUACUAAUUUCUGUCUCUUUGUGGGCGCCUACUCGGGCGCUCAAGAUUUUGUGCUAGCCCUGCUGCCUUGGACAAUCGUUUGGAAUCUGCAAAUGAAAAAGAAGGAGAUUGGUAUUGCCUUUGCUAUGAGUCUAGGCGUGUUUGCCGGCGCGGCCUCAAUCGUCAAGACAACAUUCUUGGUGGCAUUAUCGAAGAAAGCAGACUUUACUUGGGAACUGGUUCCGUUGCUUUACUGGGCAGCUGUCGAAGAUGGACUGGCUAUCACCGCGGCCGCUCUUUCCACACUGAAGCCGCUGCUUGCCAGAGUCUUCCCCGGUUCAACCAUCAACAAUAACUACAACAUGAUCUCUUAUCCUUCGGCACCGAAGCGCAAAGUCUUCGAUAAUUCGCAAGGCGAAACGCGUACCGAAAUCGGGCAUGGAAGUGUUCACGAGACGGAAAGCCAGACUAAAAUUUUGGAGUCGCAGUCUCCAAAUAGGGACGAGACUAUUAACAUGACUACAGAAGUGUUGGUAACUUACAAUCGAACUUCAUGA